AUGCCGGAAUCAUGGAAAUUAACCAAGGCACUAAGAGACAGAAUAUAUCGUUAUGCGACUGUUAAGCAAACUGGUGUUUCCUUACGACAAAUGGUUCAAUUUGGAUCCAGGCCAUCACAAGGAUCACUUUUUCAUGCCUCCCAUUUUGCAGUUCAUGAACUACCUAUAAGACUUAGUCAUAGAGUGAAAGAUCUAGAAACACUCCCAAAUGGUUUGGCAAGAGAACCAUCAAUUCAACUAGUUAGGGACUGGUAUGCUCAAUCUUUUGAAGAAUUGACUGCAUUGCCUGAACCUCGAAUUAAAGAUCCGGAAAUGGCAAGGCUUCUUUCUGGAGAAAAGCAGCAAGAAGAGCAAAUAAGCGGGCAUAAGAAAUCACUUGAAGAACCUGUAAACAGGCCAUAUAUCUUUUCUGAUGAUGGUGUUGUCAUCAACAGGAGAUCGCAUAGUUCAUCUAAAGAUAAUGGAAAUGGUGAAGUUCUGAUUGAAAAUUUGAAUUCCACACAUAUGCAUGUCGGAUUACUGAGGCCACGUCGUUCGUACUAUAUAUCGACGCCCAAGGAUAUAGUAUAUCCUCCCGAGGUGCAAAAUUACAAUAAAGAUGUGACUAAGACGCUUACAAAGAUUAAGAGAAGACACGAUGCAACUGUGACAACAAUCGCACGUGGGGUUCAGUCCUGGAAAAGAAAGAAGAAUUUCACAUAUGUGGAUAAUUCCGUGAAUCAGUUCCUUGAUCGUUUCUAUCUCAGUAGAAUAGGUAUUCGGAUGCUUAUUGGUCAGACAAUUGCUCUUAAUCAACAGGCAAUGGGCAACAUGUACAGUGAUGAUUAUGUUGGAAUCAUAUGUCUACGAACAAACGUAAUGGAAGUUGCCCAGGAUGCGAUCGAUGCGGCCCGAUUUGCCUGUGAAGAACAUUAUGAUAUGAUAGAGGCUCCACCCGUUCAAUUAUAUUGCCCUGAAGAUCUAGAAUUUAUGUAUGUUCCAGGUCAUUUGGUGCACAUGUUGUUCGAAACGUUAAAGAACUCGCUGAGAGCCACAAUCGAGCUUCAACAGAGAUUACACCCUGGUAAAGCGAUCGAGGACUUAGAGUUUCCACCUGUUAAGAUUAUCGUUGCUGAAGGACUCGAGGAUAUCACAAUAAAAGUGUCUGAUGAAGGAGGUGGAAUUCCAAGAUCUGCCAUUCCAUUGGUUUGGACAUAUUUCUAUACAUCUGCUAACCAGAAAAUUGAGGAGUAUGAUCCAUCAUUUACGAGCGGAUCAUUUAAGCCACCAUUCAUGGGUCUUGGUGUUGGUUUACCUCACUCUAGAUUAUAUGCAAGAUAUUUUUCGGGUGACUUGAAGUUGAUCAGUAUGGAAGGUUAUGGAACCGAUGUGUACUUGCAUUUGAAUAGGUUAAGUAGCUCCUCUGAGCCGUUGCAGUAA